CUUAGGUAUCAUGUUUAUAUUUAUGUUUUUUUCAGGUUCAAAUUAAUUGCAAAUAUUAAGGACGAUUCAGGUGAGGCAAAGUUUCUUUUGUUUGACGCCAACGCUCAACUUAUUGUCCAUCAUCCUGCGGCUGAACUUUAUGAUGAGAAUGAAGAUCCCGAUGUCUUACCCCAAGCGGUUACCGACCUUUGUGGAAAGCGAUUCCUUUUUGAGAUAUCAGUUGAUGCUGACAACAUCAAGGGAAAGAGCACGCAGUAUGUAGUUCGAUUGGCCACCGAAGAUCGUGAAAUGGUUGAGGAAUUUGCUGCUCUACCUCCUAAACCAGAGAACUCGGAUGCUAUUUCCUUUGGUUCUG